AUGGCCAAAACGAAAGCUGAUUCCUGGGGAAAGUUUCCUGAUGUGCUGGAGUUGAAGUAUCAGACGGUCAACAAGGCAUUCUGGCAGACCAUCCGUCGUCUCCGAGAUGGAAAGAAAGGCAGUCUAAAAGUCCUGAAGGACAAAUCCAGACACCCUCUUACCGAGGAUAAGGACAUUUCUCGCCAAUGGCCAGGACUCCCUGUGUUCAGGUCGAUCUUCAUUCGAAUGCUCGCUUCUGAACAUGAGUCGUGGGCUGAACUGAAACCUUUAAUCCGGGAUACAAGCCCUGAACUGAGCUCGUUGAGACGAAUCGACGUGGUCCGUAGCACAGAUAUCUCAAAAAGCCUUCAUGUACUGCUGCUGCUUCUUCAGAGAAACCAUAGCCACGAUGGUCUGGGCAUAUGCUGCAGAUGCUUUUAG